AGACAUCGUUUAUAAGACAGUGCACGUCCAACGAAUGAUCGCAGUCGCAACCCAAAGAUCACGAACAGUCUUCCAACGUCYGCUGAAUUUAUCUUGCGAAAAAACACUACACGCUCACUCAUCAACAUGAAUCGUCUGUCAAUCGUUUUGGUUAUCGCAUUGGUCGGUUACUCACUGGCUAUGCCGGGAUACGGUAGUGGAUCACAAAGUCAUGGAAGUCAAAGUGAAUACCAACACAGUAGCCAUGGUAGUAGUAGCAACCAGGGAUUCGGUAGCAGCCAAGGAUACGGUGGCAACCAAGGAUACGGUAGCAACCAAGGAUACGGUAGCAACCAAGGAUACGGUAACAACCAAGGACACGGUAGCAACCCAGGACACGGUGGCUUCCAAGGAUCUGGUAGCAACCACGGAAAUGGUCAAUACCAACAACAGGAGCAUGGUGGGCAUCAUGGACAUGGACAACAAUAUGGCAGUAAUCAAGGACACGGUGGACAUGGUUCACAAUCUCACGGACAUGGUGGGCAUAGUGGACACGGUAGUGGUCACUACUAAAACUACAAUCACAUCGCAAAUUCCGUCCGAAUUCCACUAUCUCGUACAUAUGACUUAAAAGUCGUAUAAUAAUAGAGUUCUCAACUCGUUAUAUUAUUUAUUUCAUUUUUAUUUAUACCUAAAUUGUAAAUUUGUUUAUAAUAAUAAACAUAUAAAAUAUAU